AGUGCUCUUCCAGCAGCAGCAUCAGCAACACACCGCUCCUGGAUGCUGCGCUGGAGUAUGUGCGCACGCGCGCCACACUGGAAUUACUGCACAGCGCACACUUAAGUUGGAUCUUCAGUGUCUUGACGCAAACCAUGGAAACAUAUAAAAGUAUGACGAUCUUCAGAAUACGAAAAAUGAGCUUUAUGCGCGUCUGGACGUUUCCCGUGUUCGUAGCCGUGGUGUGCGCGCAGAGUGUUAAUGAUCCAAGCAAUAUGUCACUCGUAAAAGAAACUGUUGAUAGACUAUUGAAAGGAUAUGACAUUCGCCUGAGGCCAGAUUUUGGAGGUCCUCCAGUGGGAGUGGGGAUGAACAUAGACAUAGCCAGCAUAGACAUGGUUUCAGAAGUUAAUAUGGAUUACACAUUGACCAUGUAUUUUCAGCAAGCUUGGAGAGACAAGCGCCUGUCCUAUUCUGAGAUUCCCCUCAACCUGACACUGGAUAACAGAGUAGCUGAUCAGCUGUGGGUGCCAGACACAUACUUCCUGAAUGACAAGAAAUCUUUUGUUCAUGGUGUAACUGUGAAGAACAGAAUGAUACGUCUCCAUCCCGAUGGUACAGUGCUUUAUGGGCUCAGGAUUACGACCACAGCAGCCUGCAUGAUGGACCUGCGCAGAUACCCACUAGAUGAACAGAACUGCACACUGGAAAUCGAAAGCUAUGGCUACACUACAGAUGAUAUUGAGUUUUACUGGCGAGGUGGAAAUCAUGCAGUAACAGGAGUUGAAAGAAUAGAGCUUCCUCAGUUCUCCAUCGUUGACUACAAGCUCAUCUCUAAGAAUGUGGUUUUCUCUACAGGUUCCUAUCCUCGCCUUUCCCUGAGCUUCAAGCUUAAGAGAAACAUUGGUUACUUCAUUCUCCAGACCUACAUGCCUUCCAUCCUUAUCACCAUCCUGUCCUGGGUAUCCUUCUGGAUCAACUAUGAUGCCUCAGCCGCCAGGGUUGCUUUAGGAAUCACCACUGUGCUCACCAUGACCACCAUCAACACGCAUUUGCGUGAGACUCUUCCAAAGAUUCCAUACGUCAAAGCCAUUGACAUGUACCUCAUGGGCUGUUUCGUCUUUGUCUUUCUGGCUCUGCUGGAGUAUGCACUGGUCAACUACAUCUUCUUUGGCAGGGGACCCCAGCGGCAGAAGAAAGCAGCUGAGAAAGCAACCACAGCCAACAAUGAGAAAAUGAGAAUGGAUCCGAACAAAUGGAUGGUGGGAAAUGUAGUUCAGCGAGAGGAUGCUCUGUAUGCCAGAAUGAAACAGAGGGAUAUUGACGCUCAUGACUCCAUGUGGGAACCAAUCUUUGUGGACGAUGCAGCAUUAGGACUGGGCGAUUCAAAAAAUAAGAUGGACCCUCAUGAAAACAUUCUUCUUAGUCCCAUGGAAAUCAAGAAUGAAAUGGGUGCAUCAGAGUUGACCCUGGGUUUGGGUGACCCACGUGUAACCAUGCUAGGCUAUGACAGCACCACGUUGCAGUAUCGGAAAGCCGGCCUAGCCAGGCACAACUUUGGACGCAAUGCGUUGGAAUGCCACGUGGCACAGAAGAAGAGCCGACUACGACGGCGUACUUCACAGCUUAAAAUCACCAUUCCUGACUUAACUGAUGUCAAUUCAAUUGACAAAUGGUCAAGAAUGAUCUUUCCUACCGUAUUUUCUUUUUUCAAUGUCAUCUACUGGCUCUACUACGUCAACUAAAUACAUGCCACAUUUUUGAGUCAGCGUAUUCUUCCAUUUUCCUGCCCGUUGGUUUUGCAAUACAAGCAGGACAGAUUUAAAUCAGGACUAUUUUGUUUAAUUCACCUUAAUUGCUGGCUGAUACACACAUUCUUCUGGGGUUUAAAACAAAUGGUGCCUGCUCCAAAAAUCAAAUUUUUAUGUUGUAAUAGAUUUUAUUGUGUGUGUGAGUUUGUGUGUUUUUAAAUGUUUGGUUUAUUUUUAACAAUUAUUUCUAUUAGGAAAAAGCUGUAUUUACUUUGCUGCCAAAUGAUCAAAACUAUUAUAAAACAACAUCUUUUUACCAAUAGAAAUACCAGUGUCUUUAGUAAGAUAGUGGAGAAAAUAUCCAUUGCAUUUCACUGUCAACCCUUUUGGUCAUUUACAAAGUGGGAUUAACGAAUUUAAAGAAAUGUUCUGGGUUCAAUGCACUACACGUACAGUACUGCACAAAAGUCUUAGGCCACCAUGCCACUAUAAGAUUUGUUGUUUUUGCAAUGAUAUAAUAACCAUAUAUUAUUAUUUCUUAGUCUCUUUAUUAGAAUAUCAAUACAGAAAAUCUGUAUUAGGUAUAAAAAAUGUCUCUUUACACUAGAGUGCAAAUAAUGUCUGUUUACAAAUAGUGACCCUUGUUAGCAAAUGCUAUUUCCACUAGCUCCGCCCACCACUGUCUAGUUGGACCACUAAUGAAAGAAAUCAACAGCUUCUGUGAUGUCGGGAGUAGACUAUAUUGCUUGUGAAAUUUGCUUUUGACGCAAAGUCGCGGGUUUAAAUCCGCCAUUGCCGACCUCACUCAUCUCCCUUUCCUAUCACAUUGAAAGGGUGUUUAUUGUCAAUAAACGUGGAUAUAAAGUGCCUAACGAGUGUAUAUUAAGAAUUAAAGUAUUUAUUAGGCAGGGUUAGGGAGCUGGUGUAGUGAGGGCUGCUUGUAUCUUAAUAAAUAGACCAAAAUAAGUAUGGGUGUUCUUCAAAACUUUGCUAAAACAACAAAGCUGGUGGUGGCAUCACAGUACUGUACAAAACUCUGUUGAAGGACCGCUAGACAGAUUAACAACAGUAAUGUAAAGCUUAUUUUUAUCAGUAUUUUGUAUAAAUUUUUUACAUGAAAAAAUAAGAACAUGUUGCGAUCACAUGACCAGAGAAAUCGUCCUGUAACUGUCUGAUUGUGUGAAACUAAUGCCGAGUUCAGACUGCAUGAUAUUCAAACAAGUCGGGUCACAGAUGUUUGGGGUAGCGUCCAGUCGCUGCUGUUUCAGACUGCAUGAUGGAUUGGCCACAGGGGGUUUAACACUGCAUGACUUAACCAUAGGAAGAAUCGCCGACAACUUUGUCCCGGACCGCAAAAUACGUCCACAAAGUGUCACAAUAAGGAAACAACGCGAGGUCAUGCGUGCAAGACCUGAGUUCUCACGUGAGACUGGGAUAAUUUUUUUAAAUGGUAGCCCGCAAGAAGCAUACCAUACAAAUUGCAUGUGCGCUCAUUUGCAGCAGAAAGAAGAAGAAAUAAAGUUUAAGAAGGAGGAAAUGGUUGGGGAGACUCCUCCCCGAACUUCCAGCUGUCCUGUAUGUCGCUCUCUCAUUGGCUGUAGGUCAUCGCCGAUGUUAUUUUCAGUCAAAACACAUUUCACAUGGCAUGAUUUUGAAUUGCAGACAGGUCCAGAUAUUUAGCAUGCCAAAUAUCUCACUGGUGGCGAUUCUCUCAGAUCACAUCUUUGAUAAUUCACACCGUGUGAUUGUCACUCACUUGCACGAGCAUCGAUUUGCCUUUGAUUUUGGGCAUUUGUCUGUGAUUUCUCAAAACCUGUCGGUGAGUCAAAAUCAGGGCUAAAAUCGUGCAGUCUGAACUCGGCAUAAGAGUAUUACAACAAAGAGCAAACCAUGAAAUGGAGUCAUACUAAAUGAUACAAUUAUUUAUUCAACAGUGUUCCACAAAUAUUAUUGACAGAGUUUAAAGGAUAAUUCCGGUAUUUAACACUUUGAGUCUCAUUUCUGGUUUGUUUUGGAUGAACUACAGUGAUGGACACAGAAAUUUUGACAAUGGGUCGUGUCUUGAGUUUUUGACUCGUUUAGAAGUGUCUCUUGACUGCUUCAGAAUGGAAGUCAAGGGCCAUGCACAAA